ACAGCGGAGGCGGCGGUGGCUGCAGGCUCCGAGUCGUAGGAGCCGGAUCGGGGGAGGGGCUGGGCCCCGGAGCCAGCACCCGGCGGCCUUCAGCCCCGGAGGCAGCCCUAGGGGCAAGGCUGCAGCUCUGUCAAUGAUCCUUUGAGUAUUGAGGAGUCGCUGCUGCCCCUGGGGGCCCCUGUGCUGGAGUGGCUACCUGCCUGCCCCCAGCAUGGCGUCCGACACUCCCGAGUCCCUGAUGGCCCUCUGCACCGACUUCUGCCUGCGCAACCUGGAUGGCACCUUGGGCUACCUGCUAGACAAGGAGACCCUGCGGCUACAUCCAGACAUCUUCCUGCCCAGCGAGAUCUGCGACCGGCUUGUUAAUGAGUAUGUGGAGCUGGUCAAUGCUGCCUGCAACUUUGAGCCGCAUGAGAGCUUCUUCAGCCUCUUUUCAGACCCUCGCAGCACCCGCCUCACCCGCAUCCACCUCCGUGAGGACCUGGUGCAGGACCAGGAUCUGGAAGCCAUUCGCAAGCAGGACUUGGUGGAGCUGUACCUGACCAACUGCGAGAAGCUGUCUGCCAAGAGCCUGCAGACACUGAGGAGCUUCAGCCACACUCUAGUGUCACUGAGCCUGUUUGGCUGCACAAACAUUUUCUACGAGGAGGACAACCCGGGGGGCUGUGAAGACGAAUGCCUCGUCAAUCCCACCUGCCAGGUGCUGGUUAAGGACUUCACCUUUGAGGGCUUUAGCCGCCUACGUUUCCUCAACUUGGGCCGCAUGAUUGAUGGGGUCCCUGUAGAGACCCUGUUGCGGCCGCUCAACUCGCUAGCUGCCUUGGACCUCUCAGGCAUUCAGACGAGUGACGCGGCCUUCCUGACCCAGUGGAAAGACAGCCUAGUAUCUCUUGUGCUCUACAACAUGGACCUCUCAGAUGAUCAUAUCCGUGUCAUUGUCCAGCUGCACAAGCUACGACACCUGGAUAUCUCCCGAGACCGUCUCUCUAGCUACUACAAGUUCAAGCUAACUCGGAAAGUGCUAAGCCUCUUUGUGCAGAAGCUGGGAAACCUGAUGUCCCUGGACAUCUCUGGCCACAUGAUUCUGGAGAACUGCAGCAUCUCCAAGAUGGAUGAGGAAGCGGGACAGACCAGCAUCGAGCCUUCCAAGAGCAGCAUCAUGCCCUUCCGGGCUCUGAAGAGGCCACUACAGUUCCUUGGGCUCUUCGAGACCUCUCUGUGCCGCCUAACGCACAUUCCAGCCUACAAAGUAAGUGGUGACAAAAAUGAGGAGCAGGUACUGAAUGCCAUAGAGGCCUACACGGAGCACCGGCCAGAGAUCACCUCGCGGGCCAUCAACCUGCUUUUUGACAUCGCACGCAUUGAGCGCUGCAACCAGCUACUACGGGCCCUGAAGCUGGUCAUCACAGCCCUCAAGUGCCACAAGUAUGACAAGAACAUUCAAGUGACAGGCAGCGCUGCCCUCUUCUACCUGACCAAUUCUGAGUACCGCUCAGAGCAGAGUGUCAAGCUGCGGCGGCAGGUCAUCCAGGUGGUGCUGAAUGGCAUGGAAUCCUACCAGGAGGUGACGGUUCAGCGGAACUGCUGUCUGACCCUCUGCAACUUCAGCAUCCCUGAGGAGCUGGAAUUCCAGUACCGCCGGGUCAACGAGCUCCUGCUUAGCAUCCUCAACCCCACACGGCAGGAUGAGUCGAUCCAGCGCAUCGCUGUACACCUGUGCAACGCCCUGGUCUGUCAGGUGGACAACGACCACAAGGAGGCUGUGGGCAAGAUGGGCUUUGUUGUGACCAUGCUGAAGCUGAUUCAGAAGAAGCUGCUGGACAAGAUAUGUGACCAGGUGAUGGAGUUUUCCUGGAGUGCCCUGUGGAACAUCACAGACGAGACACCUGACAACUGCGAGAUGUUCCUCAACUUCAAUGGCAUGAAGCUCUUCCUAGACUGCCUGAAGGAAUUCCCAGAGAAACAGGAACUACAUCGGAAUAUGCUGGGACUCUUGGGGAAUGUGGCAGAGGUGAAGGAGCUGCGGCCCCAGCUGAUGACUUCCCAAUUCAUCAGCGUCUUCAGCAACCUGCUGGAGAGCAAGGCAGAUGGAAUUGAGGUCUCCUACAACGCCUGCGGCGUCCUCUCUCAUAUCAUGUUUGAUGGGCCUGAAGCCUGGGGCAUCUGCGAACCUCAGCGGGAGGAGGUAGAGGAACGUAUGUGGGCAGCCAUCCAGAGCUGGGACAUCAACUCACGGAGAAAUAUCAAUUACAGGUCCUUUGAGCCAAUCCUUCGCCUCCUUCCCCAGGGCAUUUCCCCUGUCAGCCAGCACUGGGCAACCUGGGCACUGUACAACCUUGUGUCUGUCUACCCGGACAAAUACUGCCCUCUGCUGAUCAAAGAAGGCGGGAUGCCCCUUCUGAGGGACAUGAUCAAGAUGGCGACUGCCCGGCAGGAGACCAAGGAAAUGGCCCGCAAGGUGAUUGAGCACUGCAGUAACUUUAAAGAGGAGAACAUGGACACGUCCAGAUAGAGGCCUCUGCCCUUGCAGCUGCCAUCACUCUGGACCACAAGGCCAGGAGGAAGCACUCUCAAGCAACCCAGCUGGCAGACCCCCUUCCAGGGAGCCUCCCAUGAGAUGAAGAGGCACGGGGGACAUUUUGCACAACCGAUGCUUUUCCUUAACGUUAGUGAGAUAUAUAUAUUAUAUAUAUAUAUAUUAUUUUUUUUUUUUUUGGUUAGGAAGUGUGAACUUUUGUGUGUAUCAUUUCUGUACAAAAACAAAAGAAACUCUCCCUGAGUCUUUGUAGCUUCCUUGGCCAUUCGCAAGCCCCAGUUCAAAGCCUUCAUCGCUGCCGCACUCACUCCUACCCCAACCAGGCUAAAUGCCUAUGACAUUGUGAGUGUCCAGCCCUUUCCCAGUAAAAUCAGACCCUGCCCUCACUUUCUGUUAUGAGAGGCAGCAGGCCUUUAAUAGCUCACUCCAGCACCCCAGCCCACCCACCAAAGCCUGAGAACCCCAUCUGGGCCCCUCAGCUCAGCUGGUGGGGAUUGGGGAUUAAAACUAACCCCACUGGGUCUCCCAAAUGCCUUGGUGCUCCCAGCUGUGGGCCAUCUGGGGCAAGAAAUUGAGCCAUUCCUAGGCCUCAGCCUGGGCAGCCCCAGCCACAGAGGACCCACAAGGAGCAGGGCCCACUGUGGCCCUGCUGCUCUCUGGCCAGGCCUGCCUGAGGCCACGCUGCUAUGGAGGCUGCCUCCUAGUCUCCUACCA